AUGGUCUCGAGGACUUCAAGCGAUGGCCCUCCCCCGGGCGUUGGGCGGAAAUGGAACUCUCUGAUCAACAAGAUCCCAAGGAGAGGGAUCAAGAUAAUAAGUCAACAUGCCCCCGAUACGAGUACUUCAGACCUAGGUCUCAAUCCCAAAUCACCCGAGUCCCAUUCCGCCAAUCCCCUCGAAACACAAGAAUCCAACAUCCGCCAGCUCCAGAGCCUGGUCGGGCGCAUGCCGCGCAACAUCCCCUCCUCGCCCGACCACGUCGACGCUGCCUACAAUGAUCUUAGAAAGGUCAAGGAGCAAUGCGCUACGCUAUGCCGACAAAUCCUCACGGACGAGCUUCGUCGCGCCCGCGGCGGGGGCGAAGUUCCGAAUCGUCGCGAUUCAUCCGUCGAAUCUCCCCGCAGUCCCGGUCAUAUAUACGAUACGAGGAGUUCUUUUAGUGGGAGGAGUCUGGCCGAGGUUGUUUCUGGGAGUGUUGUUAAGAGCAUUCACCAGAAUGACGCCUGGCUUACGGCUGUCCGCGAUUGGAAGAACUACCUCGAGUCCCUUGCCGAAGCAUGUCGAACGAGUCUCAUUGAGACGUACAAGAAUAAUGAGCGCGAGGCGACACCGGAGAUGGUUGAGGCCUUGUUCACAAACAAGCCCUUUCGCAAGGAGUCUGUUGCGCGCAUGCGCAAUGCCAGUGUGACUCGGGUCAUGUCACCAGACCCCCAAUUCUUCCCUAAGUACGAGAUGCGAUUCUACAAUUACGAAAGAAUAAAGCAAGAGUUGACCGAGAUCCGACAAAUGCUUCAGUCCGGCGAAUCGGGCAUUUCCCCCGACCGCAUAAUCAACGAGUAUGUCAUCUCUCAGCGAGGUGAUGCCGUUCUCGAAUUCGCAAACACCGCUCCUGAAUGUGGUCUCAAUGAUCCGGCACUCCGAUUUCGAGUAUCGUCUUAUAUGCUAGCUGAGACUUCACCCAUCUUUGCUCGCAUGUUUUCGGGGCAAUCCAGUAGUCUACAUCCCAACGACGAUGACGAUCUCUCGACCCUAUUACCUUCACCCCCGACAAAGUACUUUUGUAAAGAUGGAUCAGAGGUCAAGCUGUACCGCAUGCCGCAAGUUGAGCUCAACCGCCUGAGUUCUCUCGAGAUCCUUUUGCACGCAGCGCACAUGCACAAUGAGAGGGUUCCAAAGGAAAUCAGUUUUGAGCAAUUCGUCGCUAUCGCCGAGUGCUGCAUGAGAUACAAGAGCACAUCACCCCUGGAACUUGUUGUGGAACAUCUGUGGAUGCCCCAAUGGAUGCACAAGGGUGCCGACGACAUGCCUGAUGGACUCUUGGUGAUCAGCUACGCCUUUGGGUUACGACAACUCUUCUCACGAAUGUCCAAGACCACGAUUCUAAACCUGGUCGACGAAAAGGAGUUGCAGGCUAAGCCGUGGCCACAGAAGAUCAAGGACAAGAUUUGGGCCGUCCGAUGCGCCAAGGUCGCUCAGGUUCAUGACUGCUGUGUCAACGCCAUUCAGGAAUACCUCAGAGCCCCAACGCACACCUCGGUUGAACCAGGGGGCUCACCAACGGAGCCAAACAGCUUGUCAUCCGAUAUCGUGACCCCGAUGAUGCUCACAAGUACACCUAGAUGCCCCAAGGGCAGCCAUUGGUGCGACGCAACAAAUCUAGGAUGGCUGAUGCUGGUUUACAAUGAGAUGGGUCUGUUGCCGCAUAUCAUGCGACCAAGUGUGCUGAACCACCUCCCCGAGUCACAGCCACAGCCUAGGAGUUUGGCUCAGAUGGUUGAUGCAUUGAGGAGGGUACCGGCACCACCGACACCUGUGCAUCGGGGUGUAUGUGAUCUGGGUCCGGCUUUUCGGUCGUCUAUCAACGACAUCUAUAACAGCGUGUUGGGCCUGACGCUAUUUGACAUCAGCGGCAAGAGCCAUGGCUGGGCUCUCUCGAAACACCGUGAACGGGAACCUCAGACGCAGCUCAACAAGGGAUUGAGUGGCAUGGCUGCGAACGACCCGGGAUACAGUGUUGCGACUGAGUUUCCCGAGAUCAUUCGACUCCGCGUCAUGUGCGAACUCGGGGAAUUGGAGGAUCUUCAUGCGGCUGCCAUGAUUAACCGGGCGUAUUACGAGACGUUCAAGAAGCAUGAGCUCUUUUUGAUGAGGAACAUCUUGCGCAUGGACCGGAAACGAGCAGGGACAAGACAGCACAUUCCCAUCACUAUCAACACUAAUGAAGAAAAGGUGCUCAAGGAGGAAUCAGAUAUCUUGAAGACAACAGCAGGCGAUACAGCGGACGCCAUGACCAUUAUGACGGAAGGAGACGAUGACGAUGUGGAAUACACGGACUCUGACGACGAUAGCCUGUACUCGUCACAAGCACCAUCCGUUCAGCGGUCGGUGCCCAGGAGUUCAUUCUCUAGAGGGCCUGAUCGCCGGGGAUCUACAGAGCCGUCCGUGGUGAGCGCGGGCAGUCCCGUGCGGACACCACGGCCACGACCUGAAACACCCACCUCGAGAUCGACGAGGAGCGGAACUCCAACUACGCCACGACAGACACCAGUGGAUCUACCGCCGGCUGCGACCUCUCCUGUAAAGCCUACGGUUGACCACAACGAGGAGAUCGAUGAGCCACCGCUCACAGUGGAAGAGGCACAUCGAAUUCUCUGGCCAGAUGAAGUCAUUGAAGCUGUGGCGCCACCUCCGCCUCCAGGCGUUGAAGGCAUACGAGAAAAGUUCCGAGCAGGUGAUCCGGCGUUUGAAGAGAGACUCGAAGAGAAGACUCUUGUCCCAACUGGGGAUAAGCAGUUGCGAAGUGAGCAUGACCGUAGGGUCGGGCUGCUCAAAGGUGACCCUUGUGAUGGGGAUGGUCCACGACGAGGAGGUAAAUAA